UCCCCCAAAAAUUCCCCAGUUUUCUGCAGUCGCCACCCGGGCGCUGGCGUAUUUUUAAUUGUUUACCAUGAGCGAUGGAGGAAAACAAGCAAAAUCGUGCCAAUAUUAUUCACUACUCCAUCGAGACAUAUUUCAUCUGGUUCAGUGCCUUAAUAUUUGUGACUGAACUCAUAACAGAUGUGUGCCUUGUUAUCUACUAUUUCCACGAAAAUCAACUUCAAUGGGCCACGGUGACCCUCACCAUAAUUGUCGUGCCACAAAUUCUGUGCCAAAUAUAUUCUCUGGUGUUGCUGAAGUCAGAGGAACAGAGAAUGUCCGGAAAUGCCAUUUUCUGGCAUCUCUGUCUCAUGGGAAUACCUUUCCGGUACCACAAUAUCCUCAGAACGAUAGAGAAAGGACCUAUUCAGGAGGUUGAUGUGGUCAGGUACAAAAUCCGUGAAGUGAAUGCCAUUCAGACGGUUAAUUCCGUCUUGCAGUAUUGCCCCCAGUUCAUCUUCCAGUCUUUCCUAAUCAUCCAUCGGAAGUACAAAUGUGUCAUAACAGGAGUUUCAGCGGGAUUGUCAGGUUUCUCCUUCCUCUGGCACAUGUUCAUCCACUUCUUCUACCUAAUAAAACGCUACAACGAAGAUUUAGUGGUAGCUGAAGUGGGCAAUUGUGUCACAACUCCCCGGAUCAUUGACAAUCUCUCCGGAUCAGCAGCUGAUGGCGAGGGCAAUGCUCAAGGAAGGAGUGUAGCAACUCUAAGGGAAAAUUUUAAGGAUUUCGAAAAGCCUCUGUACAAUACAGAUGACAAAAAUCUCAUGGUAAAGAAGGCAGCUUCGAAGAAUGUUGAGAAAAACAAAAUAUUCAGCUUUAACAAACGCAAGCCCAUCUACGAACGGGAAGACUUUGAUCUCUAUUCUGGGCACAAUCAAUCGACAGUUUUCUGUGAAAUUAAUGACAGUUUGGGAUCGGAGAAAUUUCCAUCACAGACCAAUUUUAAGGAGGCCAACAAAUGGACCAAACUGGAGAAGGAUCUCUCCAGCAGUUGUGAUACCCUCAAGCAGUACCAUUCCACGGACAAGCUGACUGAGUCGUCAGACAAAGCAACAAAGUCUAGUACUCCCGUGACCAAUUGUGCUGUGAGUCAGGGAAAUUUUGUGCUGAAGCGCAAAGGGAUUUGCUCAUCGCAAGAGAUGUUGCAUCUGGUGGAUCUCAUGAAUGAGAAUCUCUCAGCUGAACAGGUGGAUAUUCUGGCUAAGAGUCUCAUUGAAUUGGGAGGAGCUCCAGAGGAAAGUAUUGUAAAUCCUUCGUCAGACAGUGGAGAAUUGGACAGCAGUAAGCUGCUGGAGGUCUUUCCAGAAGUUGUAGAUGAGAGCACUCAAAGUUCUAUUCUGGAAAAUAUUGAUGCUGCCAUUUAUGAGAAUCAGAUUAUCUUCCAAGAGCGCAUUAAAAAGAAUCAACUCACCAUACAAAAUCUCAAGUUGCAGGAUCAGAUUCUUUCGAGUUUUAUCGAUACCAGUUUCAGCAGCAAUGAUUUGCUGAGCACCAGAGACUAUGAGAAUAUGUGCGUGGUGAAUAUCAAUCGGACAAAUAGGGGAAUGAAGCACUGGAGGAAUUAUCUCCAGGACAUUGAUGCCAAUGUCCAUGAUAAUUCAACUGUGCUGAAUAGUAGCUUCUUUGUGACGACCACGGCAUCUGCCACGGAUGAUUUAUACAUCCAUGAAAAUCAGUCUGCCCUGGCGGAUGAUGGUAGUAAGUCGAUGGAGUCAGAAAAGAGCGCUAAAGGGAGCGAUGCUGUCCGGGAGGUGGCUUCCGGGGGGCGUAAAACUGUACGCUGGUGCAAUAAAGUGUCCGUGGAGAAUUAUUCAGCUUCCAGUGGAAGCGAUGACAGUCACCAUGUGGAUAGUCGCCUAGUGGAGACCAUUAAUAAAAUCAACGUUGAUUCCCCUAUCAAACACCUAACAGUUCCAGUGAAUCCAAUGGACAGUAUUACAGAGAGUAUCCACACUUUUGAGGAAUCUCACUGAGAGUCUCUCUUGCCGACGCCACUCACGAGGCAAAUUAUGCGUGACAUUUUUUGUAGUAUAUUACUACAAACAUUUUUUAAGCACUUUUAAAUCAUAUUUAGAUAUAUCCCCAUAAUUGAUAUUACUAGUGAUAAGAAAUUGCCAAUUCCACUUUUUUGUGUCUCCUUUUUUUUAUAUGUAUAUUCUACAUUUUAGCUAUUUUAAAAAAAACUUUUUUGGAUAUAUUUUUUGUAUUCACUCUAUAUGCAAGAAUUUAUAAUACAUCACAAUGUGAGAAAAGAUUUUUCAAUAAAUAUGCACAAAUCUCAAUUAUGCGAAAAAAA